GGUGAUCAGUCGAGCCCCAGGUCUGAAGCUGGUAGUGGAGACUCUAAUAACGUCUCUGAAACCUAUAGGAAACAUUGUUCUUAUCUGCUGUGCUUUCUUCAUCAUAUUUGGUAUCCUGGGGGUGCAGCUGUUCAAAGGGAAGUUCUUCUACUGCUUUGGCCCCGACGUCAAGAACAUCACCAACAAGUCUGACUGUCUGCAGGCCAACUACAAAUGGGUUCAUCACAAGUACAACUUUGACAACCUGGGACAGGCUCUGAUGUCCCUGUUUGUGCUGGCUUCAAAGGACGGUUGGGUCAACAUCAUGUACCAUGGCCUGGAUGCUGUAGGGGUGGACCAACAGCCAGUGAUCAACAACAGUCCAUGGAUGCUCCUCUACUUCAUCUCAUUCCUCCUCAUCGUCAGUUUCUUCGUUCUGAACAUGUUUGUGGGCGUGGUAGUGGAGAACUUCCACAAGUGCCGUCAGAACCAGGAAGUGGAAGAGGCUAAAAGGAGAGAGGAUAAACGACGGAGACGCAUGGAGAAGAAGAGGAGGGACGCCCAGAAGAUCCCCUACUAUGCCAGCUACAGCUCCCUCCGCCUGUGGAUCCACACUCUGUGUACCACCUACUACCUGGACCUCUUCAUCACCUUCAUCAUCUGUAUCAACGUCAUCACCAUGUCACUGGAACACUACAGCCAGCCACGAUCUCUGGAUCUAGUGUUGAAGUACUGUAACUAUUUCUUCACGUCCACCUUUGUACUGGAGACCCUCCUGAAGCUCACCGCCUUUGGCUUCCGACGCUUCUUUAAAGACAG